UUGUUGGACUUCAACAAGAUAGCGAAUGGCACCGCUAGACAAAAACAGGUUCAACAGACUUCUCCCAGGUAGACAGAGACCUACAAAACCUAGCCGGUCGGAGUAUCUUUAGUAUAAUCUCGGAACAGUUAACGUUGUUACAGCCGGCAAGUCUAGAGUCGGCACGGUUCCCUAGCGCCAGCGUUAGCCACCGAAACAUGCCCAUUUCUCGGAGUGUGACGCCUGUUUUUUUUCUGGCUGCCGCUGGUCGAGGGUUGUGAUGCGAGGCGAGCUGCGGCACGACAGAGGGUGAGACAAGAGCUACAGCCGGUAAAUAUUUUUCUCGACACAGGAGAAUGGACUUUGUCGGGGGGAAACAGUCGGGCACCCUCAAAGAAGCAGGCAUGCGACCGCACACGGGCCUGGAUGUCAUUGUUGGGCAACAACUUUAGCAAGCUAGCUAACGUUAGCUCGCUCAAAUUCAUGCAAAUGAAUCGGUUUGGUGUCGGACAGUAAGCUCACUUUGCUAGCGUAAUGAAGGCGCCCUGAGUGACUUGUUCAUUUCUAUUGACUGUACUGGUCCUCUUAAUUGCUGCUGGCAAUGUGCUGACGACCAGGGAGCCUUUAGUCGGUUCCCACUUGGAGCAAUAGGACGCGGUUGGCAGAAAUUAUUAAGUGCUAGUUGCCUGUCUGGGUGGUAGUUGAGCAAAGUUGUCUGGUUUGGCAAAUAAAUAAUUACUGAAACAGUAUCUAUUUCCCACAAGCAUCACAUAUUUCUUGUAUUGAUAUUUGUGUGAAAUUGCACUUUAAUUAGCUAUUUUUUAAGAAUGCACCAAAGUCACGUGAUUUGAGGUUUGUGAAAACUGUAAUUUAAAUCAUCAGUUAAGAUAUAGGUAUAAUUUUCUGAUUGCACUUGAAUAUAAUUUGGUCAAUUUAGGACCAGGAUAGGUGCACAUCUACGUUUAUUGUUGUGAGAUAGAGGCAGACUUAUCCACGUCAGUCGGAUCCUAGUUAUUGUUUAACUUAACAUCUAGGCUGUCUGGCACAGUUAAAGACUGAGUUUCACUGGAAAUGAAAAUAUGAAUAUCGAAGAGCAGUGUCUAGAUUUGUGCAAUGUCAAGACAAAAAGCAACGUGGACGAUGAUCACAACACUACCAACAAUACCGAAGAGGUCACACCUCGGAUUUCUGAACUGAUGACAGAUAGCAAUACAGAAAAGCAAAAUAUUGUUCCCACGGAGGCCUCUGAAACGUACCUGAUGCCUCAGCUCACUGACAACCUUCAGGUAGCUGAGGAGGAUAACCACCAGGUACAAGACACACUGGAAAUUGAUGAGGUCAAUGGAAACAGAAACAGCAGUGCCCAAGACACCCCUGUGAUAGCAAAUGCCACUGACUUGAUCUUUUCUAAUGAUGAGCAGCCCAAGGACAAUAUUGGGGGGAAGAAAAUGAAGGAAGAUAAAGACACUGAUCCUGUUGUGGGUGAAGGGGAUGAUGGUGGGGACAUGGACAUAGGUGUGGAUCUUAGUCUGGAUGAGAGUGGUGUGUUGGACACUGAAUCGACAAAUGUCAGAUCGUCAUUAGACAAUACUUCAGACUCAGAGUCCACAUCUCAGGAUGUCCCCGCUGGCAGCACAACAGAAAGCCCGUCAGAUGCAAGCCAGACAAACAGCACAGAGGCUUCUAUCACGGACCAGGCAGGACUGUACCCCUCUGUGGAGGAUGGGGACGAUAAACACAAACCAAGUGGCAAAAGGGUGACAUUUCCUUCAGAUGAGGACAUUGUCUCUGGUGCAGUGGAGCCCAAGGACCCCUGGAGACAUGCUCAGAAUGUGACGGUGGAGGAGAUCCUCUCUUCCUACAAACAGGCCUGUCAGAAACUCAACUGCAAACCUAUACCUAAAGUGCUCAAACAGAUACAGGAACUGAAAGACCUGACACAGCGAAAUGAAUGCUUAGAUCUAAAAGGUGAGAAGCUGGACUACAAAGCAUGUGAGUCUCUUGAAGAGAUUUUGAAGAGGGUCCAGUUUAAAGUGAUUGACCUGGAGCAGACCAACCUGGAUGAAGACGGUGCAUCAGCUCUGUUUGAUAUGAUCGAAUAUUAUGAGUCAGCCACACAUCUGAACAUCUCCUUCAACAAGCACAUUGGCACACGGGGAUGGCAGGCCGCAGCUCACAUGAUGAGAAAGACGAGUUCUCUGCAGUAUCUCGAUGCACGUAACACUCCUCUGCUGGACCACUCGGCCCCUUUUGUAGCACGGGCACUCAGGAUCAGUGGCAGCCUGGCAGUCCUCCACCUGGAGAACGCUGGCCUGUCUGGAAGGCCGCUCAUGUUACUGGCUACGGCCCUGAAGAUGAAUAUGAACCUGCGGGAGUUGUACCUUGCAGACAACAAGCUCAAUGGCCUGCAGGACUCAGCCCAGCUUGGCAACUUGCUGAAGUUCAACUACAACAUCCAGAUCCUGGACCUGCGUAACAACCACAUCCUAGACUCUGGUCUGGCCUACGUGUGUGAAGGACUAAAAGAACAGAGGAAAGGCCUUGUCACUUUGGUGCUAUGGAACAACCAGCUCACACACAAUGGCAUGGGCUACCUCGCUGCUGCACUGCCAUGCACCCAGAGUUUGGAGACUCUGAACCUUGGCCAUAACUCGGUGGGUAACGAAGGUGUCCAUAAGCUGAAAGACGGACUGAUUGCCAACCGCUCUGUGCUCAGACUGGGCCUUGCUUCCACCAAACUGUCCUGUGAAGGAGCGGUGGCUGUGGCUGAAUUCAUCGCUGAGAGCCCCAGAUUGCUGCGUCUGGAUCUUCGAGAGAACGAGAUCAAGACAGGUGGACUGAUGGCCCUGUCGCUCGCCCUUAAAGUCAAUCAGUCUCUGCUGCGUCUCGAUCUCGACCGGGAGCCCAAGAAAGAAACUGUGAGCAAAGGGAUAAGGAAUGGGGAAGGGGACAGAGGAGAGGAGGUGAAGAGCUUCAUUGAGACCCAGCGCGCCCUGCUGGCUGAGAUCCAGAACGGCUGCAAGAGGAACUUCAUCACGGCUAAAGAGAAGGAGGAAACCGAGCAGAAGAUGAGGCAAUCUGCGUCCAUGGCUGAAAUCGCCACAGAGGAUGGAACCAGAGAAGAAGAGGGGGAAGAAGAACCAGCAUCAGAGGAGAGAAGUGACGGAGAGGGGAAAGGGGGAGAAGAGGAGGAAGAGGAUGGAACAACAGGAAAUGAAGAACAGACAAGCAGCCAGUCAGGAGCGAGCUCUGAGACCAACGCUUCUCAGGUGAACUUAGAGUCGGACUCAGACACUGAGGAUGAGGAGGAAGAGGAGGUGGUAACAAAGUCCACCUCCACGUCAAACUCCUCCGCUCGCUUAAACCAGACUGCUCAUCAAAUCCAGACAGGGGCUGCACAGCCCCCCCUCAGUGCCUCACGUACGUCCUCGUCCUCAUCCGCUUCACCUACUGGAGGGCCAAGUGUCAUUUCUGGUCUCACUGUCACAGAAUCUGCAGUUCCUCCAGGCAACCCUCCUUCUCCAGGUCGCUGUAUAUCGGUCUCAAGCCCGGGGAGGGGUCAUAAGAUCUUCAUGGUAACCCGGGUAGAGAGCCCCCCAGAGCAGCUACAACUCCAGAGUGCGCCGGCAGCUCCCAGCCAAACUAAAGAGGUCUCAAAGAAUCCUGUAGAGGCAAACACACAGCCAGUGACACAGCAGACACCGCCACCGCCUGCAUCUCAAACACCUACACAAUCACAGGAGGACAUGAAGGAGAGCUCACCUGCUCCGUCAGCAGACUGUAAACUGAUAGAGCAGAGUCCUGUAGCACACUCAGAGUCCACACUAAAUACUACACAGACCCACUCACUAGAGCCACCGUCUACAAGUCAGCCCACAGAGGACGUACCAGCUAGUACUUUAGACACAGAAGUGACAGGUCCAAAUCUGCAAGCACCAUCCCUGCCUUCAGAUCCCUCACCGGUGCAGGCUGUAGCUUUUCAGCUCACUGAGGAGGUAACAGAGAGCACUAAAAGCCCCCAACCUGAGCCCACUUGUGUAGAAGGACAGAAGGAUGGAGAAGAGGAGGAGAAACGUCCAACAGAAGACAGAGAGGUGAUGUCCCCUGAUAACACGGAAGAGGAGUGUAAACAGUUAGAUGAACUGAGUGAAACCCAGGCUAAUGUCCCUGCAGAAGACGCACAACAGAAACAGUUAUCAUCUGCACUUGAACAGCUACAGAAUGAGCUAGCAUCUGCAUCAGAGGAGACCCAGUCUCCGAACCAAACAGAGGAAGAAGACAAAGAAGAGGCACUCCCACAAGAGGAGAUGCCAGAAGCACCAGCUACCUUGUCAGAAAUCAAAAACCCCAGUUUAACAGAGAAAGAAGACAGUCAUCCAAACCAGGAGGAAUCAUGUCCAAAGCAGCAAACAGAGGCAGAUGAACAGAGAGUAGAGUCUGUUCUCUCUGUCCACACCGCUCAACAGGCACCAUCUUUCUUUCAGAGUGGAGCACAGGAGACAAAUCCUGGAGCAGAAGAAGCCUCAGAGAGUCCCAAUUCUGUCACGACUGGGUCUGUCUCCCCAGUCAAGGUGGAGGAUUCACCCGAUGAGAGCUCUGCAGACGAGGUCGAGAGUUUCGCCGAGGCUCUGGAGGGAGGGGUGGUCAGUUCAGCUCUACCAAACGGUCUGAAGCCUGAGUUUUCCCUCCAUCUUCUCGAUGCUGAAAGCCCCAAACCUGGCAGCUGUGUGAUGGAGCACGUGAGUGUCAGCUGUGGACAGGACCUAGAGGAGCUGCUGCUAGAAGCCAGUUUGGAUACAGGAAGAGAUGCACCAUGAGGUUGUGAGGGACUGCAAGGGCAGAAGAAAACAGCACUCAGAUAGUUUGUCUGGUUCUGUCUGUGACUGUUUGCCCUACAAAGUUUUUGUCAUUUCUUUGACUUUACCACCAACAUGACCUUUCCAUAAAGGACAGAAGACCCGGUGUUAGAGUCGAAGCUCCACACAAAAAAAUACAAGCAGAUUAUGGAAAGGACUCAAAGGACAAAAUCAACCUCUCAAGCUUCGCUGUGACAAAUAAGGAAUCUUGUACAUCCACACUACAUCGACCACUGAAAGACACAUACAUAUGCACACUGAGUAUGAAAAGAGGGGGGAAAGAGAAAUAAAAUCACCCUGUUAUCACUA